AUGUCCAGGCUGCGCGUUGACUCUUCUUUUGCGCGCCAAUUCACGCGUCCAUUGAGCGAAUCACGUCUUCCAACCCAAGAUCUUAGCUCUCUAGAAGCUUCGGAAUCGUCUACGGAGGCGACAGAAACGUUACGGGCUCUUCUUGCAUCAUUAAAGGCCCCAGUUUCUCAAAAAGCUGUCGAUGACGCACUCGAAUACCUCGCAACAACUUCGUCGAGUUUUGCUGGAGAUGUUCUGGAUGAUAAGCUAAGGGCCGCAGUAGUGGACCAAGUCGCCGUUGGGUUGUAUGCUCGGAGCCUGGACGAGUAUUUGAACGAGGCAACCGAAAUCGAGGCUGAAGCCGAGUGGUGGAGUAAUGUCGAGCGCUCUACAGUCAACAUUGUCUGGUUUUUUCUCCAAACGCUGCCUGAGCGAAUAACCCGGGUUUUCCGUACAAUUCUCCAGACGCUUCGGGAGCAACAACUGCCGCUCCAAGCAUCUUCGUUCUCCCCAGCCUCGCUACUCCGCCUCUUUCCUUCGACCGCAUUCCAGCCUUCUGCACUGACGCGGGCCUUCUUUCCACAUCUGGAUGACCAGCAGAUGCUCGUUUCCGUUGUCUGGACCCGUCCCUCCUCCACAACCCCUAGAUUUAUCCACUCCAUCUGGUCCGCACUAUUUCUCCCGCUCCAUCUCACACGAGAAGAAUGCAAACUCAAACGCCGUCAACUGGAGAACCUACGAGACAAACGUGCUGAACAACUAGGACGACUAGCGGAGCUGCGAACGCUGGCCUCUACGUCAGACAAAUUCCCCAGCUCACGAUUGAAGGCCGUCAUCUCAAAUACGCCAUAUUCAACAGAAAAUGCGGAACACAUUCAAGAUAUUGCUCUCACUCUCCUACCAUCCCAUGUCGCAGACCACCACACACAACUCGGACCGCUGAAGCGACCUUCUCGCCUCACUCUCAUAUGGCCCAAACUCGUGUUUUACCCACCCUUGUUGCUCUUUACGGUCAGGUCGCUGUACAAAUCGCGCGCGUCUUUGGCGCAACUUGCUCUUGAUGCAAAGGAAACACUGGAAGGGUUCAUCAAGAACUCGCUCGUGGACCCACUCAAAGAAGUGCUCAAAACCGUUCGGACGGGUGGCGAAGACGGUGUCAUCGUAAGGAGAGAAGGAGUCAUGGCAGAUUUGGAUUCUCUGGAGCGAAUGGCGCUGUCGCUUGCACGCGACCAGCUCAAUUACACCUCCAGCCAGCUCGAAGCUCUGUCCAAACAAAUCCGGGUAGGAGACCUCACACCUGUGCUUCAGCUAUACGAAGAGGAUAUCAAGCGACCAGUCAAAUCUGCGCUGACCGGCACACUCCUUCGGUCACUCUUCAUCCAGGUCCAAAAGGCCAAGGUCGAUAUCGACCAAGCGCUCUCUGGAAUCGACAAGUUGCUCAAGUCGCAGGAGUUAACGUUCGCGUUUGUUGGCCUCGCCCCCGCACUGGUAAUAGUUGCACUUGCAACCAACUCCGUCUCGCGCAUGUGGCGAGGGGCGUCUGGCCAUGGUCGAUUUGGCCAUAGUAGGCAACGAGCGGUGGUUUGGAGCGCCAUGCGCCGAAUUGAACGUCUUUUGGUAUCGUCUAAAUCGACAAUUCUCGGCGACCACGCAAUUGGAAUGCUCCUCAUAUCCGUAACUCGGUUGCGAGUAUAUGCUGAAACAAGUCUACCUGCCGGCUCACGACUAAGGGAAGGUUUUCUCGAGGAUGUUCGUGAUUUGGAGGACCCAGCGAUGCGGAGAGAAGAGAAGUUGCGAGUUGUUGAACGGAUGUGGAGGUGUUGGGGUGAAACAUUGGGUUGGAGCUUAGUUGCGUCUGAAGGACACCUUAUUUUAUAA